UCUGGGGAAAGGUCGCCGAGCGCAUGGCGCAUAAUAGCUCUCGAUAGGUCCCAUGAGACAGUUUCGCUCUUCUUUCAUUUCGCUUCAAUUCCACUAACGUCGACAACAAUUGCACGCGUUGAGCUUUAUUGUUCCUAAUUGUAACAUUCGAGCUUUAUGACCCACAUCUCGCGACCCUUCAGUCAGCCUAAACAUACUUGAUUCUUAACCACACAACACCAUGACUGCAGAAGAGAACCCCAAUCUCGCGUCGAACGCGAAGCAAAUUCGCGCCUCGGUUCUUCACGGCGCGAAAGACUUAAGGAUUGAAUCGCGCUCCAUCUUGCCCCCAUCACCAAAUGAUCUCCAGAUCAGUAUCCGCAGUACCGGCCUCUGCGGCUCAGAUUUACACUACUACCGACACAACCGCAACGGCGAUAUCCUCGUCUGUGAGCCCUUGUCGCUUGGUCAUGAAUCUGCUGGUAUCGUAGUUGGUGUGGGUUCCGAAGUUCAGAACUUCAAGAUCGGGGACAAAGUCGCGCUUGAAGUUGGCUUGCCAUGUGAAAAGUGCGAGAGGUGCAAAGAGGGAAGAUACAACAUCUGCAAGGGCAUGAGGUUCCGGAGUAGUGCUAAGGCGAUUCCGCAUGCGCAGGGAACGUUACAGGAUCGUAUCAAUCACCCAGCAGCUUGGUGUCAUAAGCUGCCCGAGGACAUGUCGCUGGAUUUAGGUGCGCUUCUUGAGCCGCUGAGUGUAGCAAUACAAGCUUCGAAGCGAGCGCAGCUUGCAGCAGGAGCAACGGUGCUUGUGUUUGGAGCCGGUGCGGUCGGUCUUCUAGUAGCCGCCAUGGCCAAAAUCUCCGGUGCUGGCACUGUGGUCAUCGCUGAUAUCGACGCUGGCCGAGUGAACUUCGCCGUGGAAAACAACUUUGCAGAUCGAGGUUUCACGGUGCCUAUGAAACGAGGGAACACGAUAGAAGAGCAGCUCGAGAUUGCGAAGGAGAUUGCAGCAGAUAUUGGAAAGACGAAGAAGGGAAGCAGUGGAGAAAUUGGCGAAGUGGACGCUGUUUUUGAGUGCACUGGCGUGCCCUCUUGUGUACAGGCGUCAAUCUUUGCGAUACGACCAGGCGGAAAACUUCUACUCAUUGGCAUGGGAACACCUAUCCAAACACUUCCCAUCUCCGCCGCAGCUCUCCGCGAAGUUGACAUCCUCGGUGUCUUCCGAUACGCCAAUACAUAUCCCAUUGGCAUCGAAGUGGUUUCGAAAAAAGGAGUAGACUACCCAGACUUUUCCAAGCUGGUAACACACAGAUACAAGGGAUUGGACGCUGCGGUAGAAGCUUUCGAGAUGGCCGGGAAGACGAAAGACGACAGCGGUAAUCUGGUUAUCAAGGUUGUGCUUGAGACUGGGGAGGAUUUGUAA